UGCUGCUGUGGAAGCGGCGGUAACGGUGGGGGGGACGAGCCAAGAACCAAAAGUCGGUGACAGAAGAGGAGGAGGAAAAAUAAAUAAUCAUGCCUAAUCCGUGAGACCUGCAGUUUUUUUGUUUUUUUAUUUACAUCGCAACGCCGUGCAUCGUUCACGCUGCGUGCGCAAAAGGGCCAACCGAGGGUAAUACCUCAUUGGCUGGUGUGACCCAGGAUUCUGCAGGCCCACCAUCUCCCAGGGUGGGCCCCGAUAAACUGGACCUCUUGGGGAGAAUAAGGCUCCCAUGGCUACCCCCAGCUAAAGAGCUAAGCCCCCUCCUCCACCUCCCCUAUAUCACUGUUCAUUGCUUAGAUGUGAACAGUGAUUCCCUCCAAACGAUUUGCUUUAGAGUACUAUGGCAAUGCAUGAUAUGAGUCGUGCCAAGGGUUUCCCCUGUAAAGAGUGUGAUAUGGUUUGUCCGAGUACUCCAAGUCUUCUAGAGCAUAUGAAAGCACAUUAUCAGCAAGAAGAGACUGGACGUUUUGAGUGUGAACAGUGUGGCAGAAUUUACAAGCACGCAGCUAGCCUAGCAAAUCAUAAAAAGUCACAUGAAGUAGGAUCCUUCCAGUGUCCGGUUUGUACUCGUACCCUCCCUAAUGCUGUGGCUUUGAAGAAUCACCUUCGUAUCCAUACAUUGUCCCCUAGUAGUACGCACGCAGAAGAAGAGAGUGAAGAGGUACCCGAAGAAGCAGGCCACGACGAGAGGGACUACAGCCUCGCCCAAGAACUCUCGGACGGGUUUGGGCGUUCUCAUUUGAACAAUAGUGGUAUGGGACAUAGUGUCCUACAAAGCCACGAGACAGACGACCACGGAAAAAAAGGCUCCCCUGAAUCCGACGACGCUUGGGACAGACCAUUCAAGUGUGAUCAGUGUGACAGAACCUACCGGCACCACGGUAGCCUGGUGAACCACAAGAAGUGUCACCAGCAAGGAACUUUUAAGUGCUCUGUGUGUUUUAAACAAUAUAGCAACCUGGCUGCCCUAAAUAGCCACGAGAGAACUCACUCCAAGUUCAAGACCCCUGGAGCAUCAAUGGUGAGCAGCAGCGGUAGCAGCAGCCUCCACGACUCGGAGCGCAGCAGUGGUGCCCAGUCAUCCCAGAGUGAUGACACGGCAUCCUGUUUCUGCCACUUGUGCCAGAUAGCGUUGCCGAAUAAGGCUGACUUUCAGGAGCACAUUCUGUUACACAACUCAGCCACACCCUCUUUAGGACUGCCACGCAGUUUCCCUGGCAUCAUGCCUCACAAUCUGAGUGCGGUUCGAUCCCCAGCAUACACUCCUGCCCUAGGGGACCCUCUGCCCCUUCCACCCCUGCCAGGUGAGAAAAGAGGUCCCUAUGAUCCCAUAAUGGGUCCUCCAGUCAACAACCCCAUCUACACAUGUGCAUAUUGUGGCGCUGGACAUCCAGAUUUGGAAACCUUAAAAGUCCACUAUCUGACUCAUGAUCCCCACCCUGCCUCCCAUGGCCAAGACAGCUCAAUCCUCAACUCAGACACGCUAAGCUCUGGAUCACAGGGUUCUGUGUCCUCGCCUUCAGGAGGCCGUGUGCCCCAGGCCAAUUCUCCAGAUGAUGGAGAGCGGCGUUUUAAGUGCGGAGAAUGUGGCAAAAGCUACCGUCAUGCAGGAAGCCUGGUCAACCACAAACGCUGCCAUCAGACAGGCCACUACCAGUGCACCAUUUGUUGUAAGCAGUACCCUCAUCUGGCAGCCCUACACAGCCACCUGAGGAGCCACAAGGGGCGUGGCUCCAACCAGUUAAGUAAUGACAGCAACGACUGGCUGUCACCAGAGCCUCUAACCCUGGACUCCCAGCAGAGCUACGUUCAGGAAGGCAGUGGUGCCACUACUCCAAUAUCACUGCCAGGAAAUCUUGGUGACGCUGCCCACUUUGUACCAGAUGCUGGACACAGCAGUGGGCUUGACUCGCUUGAGUUCCAUGAUCGCUUUGAUGGCAGCUCACUCUCCCAAAGCAACUCUGCACACCGCCAGGCGGACAGACAUGUAUGUGCAGAUUGCGGUGAGAUGUAUGCAGAUGUAUCUGGUAUCAAGUCACACAUGUGUCCCCGCCGUGGCCAGCAGCAACCACAACAGCAGGGCAACAUGUCUAACGGUUUUAUGGGGAGCAUGAAUUACCACAGCUCCAGUGGGACUUCGCUCCCUGCCGGUAGCUCUAGCAACCUAAAAGAAGGAAGCAGUCAAAGGCAGUACUCCCAGAGUGGAGGCAAGAGAAUGGGGAACAAUGACAAAGAUGAUGAUGAUGAUGGUGAAGUGUAUCAGUGCUCAGUGUGUGGUAACCACUAUGCCAGCCUCAGAGCCCUAAGAAGCCACCUGCGUAGCCAUGCCAACAACCCUACAGCUCCAGGACCUUCCAACCUUGAUCAAGAAUGGAGGAUGAUUUGCUCAACAUGUGGGCAGAGCUUCUCUAGAAAGCAGGACCUUCUGAAUCACCAGCUAGUCCAUGGCCCUCAAAGGCCAGACGGACAGCAGCCUGUUAUUGGAGGCGGUUCAGCUAAUGGUAAUGACAAAAUGGAUGGACGCAACCACAUUUGUGUUGACUGUGGCAUGUUUUUUGCUGACCGCCACCACCUGAUUACCCACCUGUGUCCUGGUAAGAAUCGGGGCAGCUCCCUGAGCAAGCAGGGCCUAAAUGGAGCAAAAGGGAUGUCUGGUGGAGAAGGCGUUGGUGGUGGGGUAGCCGGAGGAAGUCGUGAUGUUGGUGGGGAUGGACGUAGACCUAUGGUUGACCAAAGUGACAAGCCACACAAGUGUGAUCAAUGUGGACGAGGAUACAGACAUCCCUGCUCACUCCUUAAUCACAAGAAGUCCCAUAAAACUGGUGUCUUCCGUUGUUUGGUGUGCCAGAAACGCUACUACAACCUUUUGGCUCUUAAGAACCACCAAAGGACCCACUUUGAUCUGAAAAGGCACAAGUGCGAAGAAUGCGGCAAGGCUUUCAAGAUCCAAAAGCAGCUGAUCAACCACCUCCGUCUCCAUGAGGAGCACCGAGCCAAAGGUCUUGUAAGGACUGGACCCAAUGGUUCCCGCUUCCAGCAGGCUGGCCCAUCACAAUUGCAGACUAUGAGAGGAGAGUCAUCAAAGAGCCAGGUGAUGAGUGUGAAAUACAGCCAUCAAGGGUUCAAAAAGCCCUACUCUUCAGCUGGAACUUCCAGGCCCCAAAAGUUUGACCCAUCUGAAACUGGACGUCGGCCUUUUUCCUGUGAAGAAUGUGGAAAAACGUAUCGCCAUGCAGGAAGCCUGGCUAAUCACAAGAACCUUCAUAAAAUUGGAGAGUAUCACUGCAAUGUUUGCAACUCAACAUACCCAAACAGGCUAGCAAUGAAAAACCACCUACGACUCCACUUUGCCCAGAAGAAGCACAACUGCCAAGAGUGUGGCAAGGGCUUUCGUACUCAGAGACAGCUAGCUACCCACACUACAGCUGGCCUGUGCAAGGGUCCGCAGGGCCCGGGGGUUCAGAUGGACUUUGAGUGUGAUGGCUGCUGUGAAGGCUUUACCACAGCUGAUGAGCUUGCAGCCCAUGACUGCCCUGCCCAGCACCUGCCAUCAUCCUCCUCCACCAACAGCUCCACCAACAUCAGCAUGGAGAGAAGCUCUGUGGACCUGGACUCCGAUGAGAGACCCUACGCAUGUGACUUGUGCAGCUGUGCCUAUAAGCAUGCAAGCUCCUUACUAAAUCACAAGCACACCCACAAGACAGGCAACUUCCGGUGCAACUUUUGUGACAAGCCCUACACCAACUACAUGGCGCUGCGCAACCACAUGCGUAUCCACACUCAGCGGAAGAAGCACAUCUGCCACACGUGUGGGAAAGCCUUCCGUCUGGCCAGGUUCCUCCGUAACCACCAGAAGGUCCAUGAGGAAGGUGCCACCCCCUUCGGCUGCCCAACCUGUGGCAAGAGUUUCCAGGGAAGAUCUGGUCUGGCCAGGCAUCGCUGCGGGGACAACCAGGUAGGCAUGGAAGUCAGAAGGAAGGCCACUGCACCCGCGGGAGAGGGCGAGGAGUGUCGGUACACAUGUGAUCAAUGUGGCCGCUCCUACCGCCAUGCCAGCUCCCUCCUUAACCACAAAAACACCCACACUGUCGGCAUCUACCACUGCGCCGUGUGCCUGAAGACCUACUCUAACCUGCUUGCCCUGAAGAACCACCGCCGUAUCCACUCAGAGACACGGCGCCACCGUUGCCACGACUGUGGCAAGGCUUUCCGUGUUUCGUCCCAGCUCUACAACCACCGACGUGUCCACCAGAAGCAGCGGGAGCUGACCUGCCGGUCCUGCCAAAGAGCCUUUCCUACGCAUGCCAGCUUCAGACUCCACAUGGAGAUUACCCAUGGUCAGGCACCGCAGCCCCGCCAGCCCAGACCCCAGCAGCCCCGACCAGGGGGCUCCCAGGAGCUGGGCUGGGGGUCAGGCUUGGACCUCACCUUAAUGCAAGAGCAAGGACUCAACCCAAGUAGCAUGACCAAAGCCCGCAGCAGAGGGGGCAACAGUGAGGUCAUCAAGUCCCAUGUCUGCGACCAGUGUGGACGCUCGUACCGCCACGCCAGCUCCCUGCUCAAUCACAAGAACAGUCACAAGACUGGGACCUACUUUUGCAACUCCUGCCAGAAGGAGUUCCCCAACCUGAUGUCCCUCAAGAACCACCGACGGAUCCACACUGAGCCCAAACGUUACCAGUGCCCCGACUGCGGCAAGUCGUUCCGGGUGUCCACACAACUCAUCUGCCAUCGACGCAUCCACACCAAGGAGAAACCAUUCUCCUGCCAGCAGUGCGACAAACACUUCUCUUCCAAGUCCAACCUGAGGCACCACAUGAAGGUGCACUGGAGCUCCACGGCGCCCCCUCCCAUGGCCAUGGGUGCGCCCAACUUCCUGGAUCUGAGUCCGGUGGGUUCAACCGACAGCUCCAGGAGCUUCGUCUGCAAUCAGUGUGGACGCUCGUACCGCCACGCCAGCUCCCUGCUCAACCACAAGAACAGCCACAAGACGGGGACCUACUUCUGCCACGCCUGCCAGAAGGAGUUCCCCAACCUGAUGUCACUCAAGAACCACCGACGGAUCCACACAGAGCCCAAACGCUACCAGUGCCCCGACUGCGGCAAGUCGUUCCGAGUGUCCACGGCUCUCAUCUGCCACCGCCGCAUCCACACCAAGGAGAAGCCGUUCACCUGCCAGCAGUGCGACAAAAGUUUCUCGUCUCGGUCCAACCUGAGGCACCACAUGAAGGUGCACUGGAGGGGUCCGCCGUUGUCCAGAGGGAGGCCCUCCGCUUUCCUCACCGUCCCCUCCAGAUCUUUCAUAUAAACGUCCGACCUUGCUGUUUUUUUCUGCCUUUUGUCCAGCUUCUGGAACACAGCGGAGAGGGUUUGGUCUGUUGAGGGGUUUGAAUCUUGGAACCAAUUGAAGGUCUGCCAGUAAACCAGAACACCUUUUAUCCAAUUUAAAUCCAGCAGAUGUACAUGACUGAACUACUUCACCUGAAAAUCACAGAUCUCAAUCCACUAGCUUUGAAUGUCCCUCUUUCUCCCAGAAGGUCGUAGAGUUUCAGACCGAGACGAGUUCAUUUACGACUUCAUGAAACACGAGGAUCAUGUUGGUCAAAUCUCGACCCAACAUGGAAACGCCAUGGCAACGCUCAACCCUACAAGACAAGAUUUCCAACUACACACCUUCAGAACAAUUAUAGACAAUGGUUUACAAAGUCAAAUAUUUUAAUAGUACAAAAUUAUUUUAGAGUCAAAAAGAUGUUUUUAGUGUUGGUUAAUUUUUCCUUCAAAGUUUCUGAAAAGAUUUAAACCCUCACAUCGUUUCUUUGUCUCUAAAAUACGACGAUGAAACCGUCUCCAGCAGCGAUCCUCUCUCCGUUGACCUGAAACAUGGAAACUAAAGCUCUCCUUCAAUGGAUUGUAAAUACCUUGUUUGAUCGCUUUCAUUUUUUUCUAUAUUGACACUUAUCAGGUCACUUCCUGAACAUUUUGAUACAGCAACAGGAAAUGGACCUCAUUGUUAGUAAAAAUGAACUAGAAUCAGAAUCAGAACAGUGAGACAACAUCCUGACCUUCACAGAAGUCACUUGACUCCACCUCUUCCUGCUAAAGCUACAGGUAGCAGCAGGAAAGGUUAAUAUUCCAUAUGCAGAUUUGUUUUGACAGGAAUCCAUUUCAACUAUAGGUUUAAAUACAAAGAUGAAUAUAUCAAAUGUAAGGCUAAUUUGGCAAGAAUCUGUGAUUAUUUCUGGUGGUUGUAUCAGGUUGGUGUCACUCCUGAAAGAGGUCUUUUUCUUUACGUUUUUUUUUUUUAAAUCCCGUUUAAUUUGGCUUUUUCAUCUUUUAUAUUAAGCAGAAGACUUAAAUAUAAAAAGCUGUGAUUACAUGAGAUGGAGAAAAAGAGCAAGAGGAGUAAACGAUGCGUUCAGGAGCUAACCUAUCAGAUGGAUUUCAGAGGAACUGUCUGAUUGGUGACAUAGCUGUUUCUCUCUGAUGAACUAAAGAACAAAAAGUCAUCACAGUGUUUCUUUUUCUGACGUUAAAAUCUUUCAAAACAACUGGAAGAGAUCCAGCAGUGAAACCUGGAGGACUUAUACGUGGACAUACAGAAGGAUAUUUCACAUUUUAGCGCUUCGGAGGACAAAAACUGCAUUGUCCUCGUCUUUUGAGAUGAGAUGGUUUUCCAUGAUGCUCUAAUGUCAGGACAAAAACUGUUAACUUCAGCUGAACCUGAAGAAAUCGAAACCUAUGAACUCGUAAAGUUUGACAUCCAUCCUCUCUUUCUCUGAGGGGGUGUUGAGGUCAGAAUCUGUGGACGUCUUUUUAUAAACUCAAGGUCGAAAUGGACGCACGCCAUGGGGGACGUUUAUGGACGAUCGCGGUCGCGGUUCUUCACGGAGAGUUUUAGUUUCACGUUUGAACCGGCAGCUGUCGGACAGUGAGACCUCAUAACUGGAUCAACACAUUUCUGUCGCUCUUCAGUCCGAGUCAAGAGUGUUUUUCACUUCAGCACUAAUGUCUCCUAUGGAAGUCCAUUAAUGCCCCGAGGAGAAAAAAAAUCUACCGUUUAAUGUCUUUUAUUGUUGGAAUCUAACAUUUGUAGAAUAUUUUCCCAUCAAUAGUUGGGAUAAUAAUUGGCAUUUAUUCAAUUUAAAUCUAAAAUAUUAACUCUGAUCAACUCGGGGCGCAGGUGGCCCAGUGGUUGGUGCACGUUUACCCUUUGAUUGGGAGGACAUCUGUGAGUUAUAAUCGUUAAUUAUAAGUAAAAACUGAGAUGAUAAAUAAGAAUAUCUUAAUUAUUAGUUUCUCAUAAUUGAAGGAAGGAUGUGCGACAUUUUACAGCAGAAAUCCAGAUAUCAUCUGUAAAUUUCUCUCUGAGUCAUGACUGUCUGCAACGAGUGAGAAGCUCGAGUCCCACCAGCUGUGUUGUUGUCGGAGCCGUGUUAACAUCAUGUUUUCAUGGAGAAUCAAGUCGGUAGAUUUUUUCUUCUCCUGGUGUUAAUGGGCUUUUAUAACCAGCGGUUAAUCUUCUAUACGUCAUUUUAAUGUCAUUGCUUUUUUUUUUUUUAUCUUUAGCACUUGAUGGAUUUCUUUAAAUGAAAAAGCUGACGUCGGGAGCCGUGAAGCUUUGUCUCUGAAGAAACUCACCAAACUCAGACUUCUUCCCCUUGUUUGUUUCUGUGCAUUUAGUUAGAUUUGUUUCGGGGAUGUUUGUACGUUCUUACUCUGUGCCUGAUGACUUAUAUACAUAGUUAGAGGGUCGUGGUACCGACUAAAGACAGUGUAGUAUUGAAAAGUAAUGAUGUGAUGAUAACUGUUGAUGUCUUCUGCUGUCACUUUGUCACAACCUGCAGGAGAACACGUUCGUAAAAGGUGAUCAAACUAGAUGUGUGUGGUCUCUAUAGUUCAGGCCUGGUAUAUUAUCUGACAUGUUGUUGAAAAAGAUACUGCAGAAUCUGUUACGGCCAUUUUGUAACCUUUCCUUAAACCGAAAUAUCUACAGCUCUGUGCGUUCAUUAAAGACGCCACACCCCCACCCCGACCCCACCGCCCAAUUAUCAUGUAGCCUCUCAGAAUCAUCAACAGUCGCCACACAAAGAUGUGAGUCUGUUAAUUAUACGAUUGUUUUGUUGAAUUGUUUUUUCACAAUAUUUAGAUUUGUCUACAAAGAUAAAUUAUGACCUAAUAACUCCGAUUUACAACUUUAUUAAAAUGACCAGAUAAGACACUUUAAUUAUAAACUCAUAACUCUAUAAAUGGAUCUUUUAAUUAUGAGAAUUGUGCAAUUUAUACAUGGCAAUAUUCACAAAUUUGUGUUUUUCCUUAGUGAGCUGUCAUUUUAAAAAAUGUUUCACUGUGAUGUUUUCUCUUGAUUGUGUUCUUGGAAUGAAUUGGCGACCUCGUAGUUUCAAGAAAACAUAAUUAAACGAAAAAAAGAGAUUCUGUAAGCAUGACAACGUUUUCUAGUAAUUGUUCCCCUGAUUAGAUGAGAACGGCCUCUCCUUGAGAGAUCUAUGAGUCAGUAUUCUCAAACCUCCGAUGAGAAUGAGACAACCGUCAUAUUUCAGAACAUUAUCUAACUCACGGUGAGUAUCGUGCAAUUAUGAGACAUAUUUUUCAUGAUCACAAGAUUAUUAAAUAAUGAGAAGAUGAAGAAAUCAUAACGAUAAGAAAAAAAAAGAUAUUAUACUUACAGUCAAAUGGUUUCCACAAUAAAAGUUUUUAAUAAGAGACAUAUUUUCUCAAACUCUGGAAAUUCUUUUUCUUAAUCAAGAGAAAUUAAGUCAAGUUUCUCAAAGAUUGACAACAUCUGCUUGAAUAAUUUUCUUUUCUCGUACUUGUGACAUCUGGAUCUCAAUAUUAGAAAAAAACAUAAAACAAGAUUCAUAUUUUUUAUGGUUGAGAUUGUUUCCUUAUUAUAAUGAACAUCUUUUUUGUGAUUGUGAGAAAUGUCCAGGUCUUCAUGAGAAACCGUGAUCAUAAUUGAUAAAGGAUGUUUUUGUAAAAGUGUUGUCUUUUAAUCCAAAUAACUAUGAGAUGAUAAAAGUUAUCUUGAUUACAAGAAAAGACAUGACUAUCUUAAACAAAAUUCAAGACGAGAUAUUAUGAGAGUAUAUUUGUGAAUUGUCUCCCCAUAACAGUUUUUUAAAGGUCACAUAUUACGCAAAAUACACUUUACUUUUCAAACACUGAUAUGAGUCCCUAAACUGUCUACGAACCCCUCCAAUUAUUAGAAAAGUCAAUCCUCUCUGUCUUCUGCCUGCUCCACUUUUAAGAAAAUGUGUGCUCAAACAGGCCAUUUGGAGAUUUUCCCUUCGU